CAAUGAGGUGCCACAACCCCCGGGAAAAUGCAGCGCUUUGAGCUAAGCUGUUUUACGUCUAGCCUUGGAACCAGCCGCACAUGCCACAUCGUCUUCUUCAGGCGCUCUCGACGUCGAUCUUGGGUGAUUCAAGGACUGUGAAAAGCAGCGACGCUGUACCUGAUCGUUUACCCGACGGUGAAACCGCUGCAUGUCUUUAUACUCUCGGUUCACCUGUGUUGAUAGCGGGGCAACGACGCGGUUACGAGAUUAGGGAACUUUCGCAGGGUUAAUUUCAGCAUACAAGGGGCGUCGUGCAUCUCCCAGCCUCGACUGCUACGUAGACACGAACGACUCGGGCAUCAGCAGCAAAUGUUUGCACCGAAUUGAGUUAGUCUUCCCGAUUUUUGCCUCUAAAAAUCGAGACAAAUCCCGGACGUGCACGUCCGGCAAUGGUGAUUCAGGUUUUUUGAUCACAGCAAGCGGUUCAGCACUUGAGCCGUGACAUCCGUCCGCCGGGGUUCCCGUCCUUUUUCGUGACCAUUCACGCACUGACUUUUUCCAUUGUUACGCUGUAGGAGCUUUCAUAUUCCAGAUCCUGCUCCUCUCCUCUCACGUGGAGCGGUGAUCUAGCCAUGGCGAUUGUGAGGUUGAAUUCCCAGUGUCAUUUAGCCACCGACUUCGCGGGAUGUCGAAUGUUGUCUUGGACACCCAAGUUUGUUUCAAACAGGCGUUUCAGAGGGAUUACGCCAUGCACCGUCGUCGUUUGUAUGCUGCUGCUUCUGUCACCAGAAGCGCCGGUCGCCUUUCGAUGGCCGUUUCAUCACCCGGCCCACCCUCAGUGGACCAACUCUGGGGUACCGCAAUUCCUUUUUGCUUCAGCAGCGGAACAGACACAAACGCCAGAGCACGGAACGGAAUCAGAAACCGACGGCGUGGACACCCAAGCACAAAGCGAACAACCGCCAGCAAUCAGACGUAGAACCAGAUCUCUGGGCUCGUCACUUAGACAACGCAGUGUUGCCGCAAAAAGGAUGAUGCUCGCGAGAUUUUUCCUGGCUGCGAUCCCUAUUAUCGCUCUUGGUUACGGAUGCUAUAAAUUCUUCGAGGAAGAAGGUGAAACAGCAGGUGAUGAAGACGGACGUAUGGUUCCUGACGCAGAAGAGGAAGAGUCCGGCAACCAGGAAGUGAGAUAUAUAUUUUGA